AAAGAGGAGCGACUAAGCGCGGGCCCAGUGCAUUUAUACACCUUUCUCCCGCUCGGCGCGCUUUCGAACGCGCGGCGGGGAGGCAGUCGGAGCAGCACAAGAACUUGCGGCGUGGUGUGCGCGCGGACGAGCAAGAGCGUAACUGUAUACCACACGCGCGCGCGCACACACACACACACACACACACAUAUGAAUCGUAGGCUGCAAUUCGGUGGCAAAGCCGCGUUAACAACUGCGUCGUAGGUGUGUCCGUCCGCGAGCUGUUUCACAGUCGUGAGCCGACGAUCAUGAGGUUCAUUGAGAAGGUAUCGACUCCUAGACUCGUGGGGUCGUCUAAUUCGUGGGUCGCCGACUUACCAGUGUGUCAGAAGUUCGGUAGUUUCGCGGUGGAAUAGUGGUAGUCGUGCGGUGGUACGCCAACGGCAAGCAGUAGUGGACGAGCGGCUUAACGCAGAAAUACGUUCGCUCGCAUAGAGUGCCAAAUCAAAUCAGUUAGGUUAGGUCAAGGGAGAGAGAAAGAGACGGAAAUAGCGAGAGAAAAAGACAGAGCGCCCGCUGCUCGGCAGUAGCGCCGCGAGGCCGUCGCGGCGGCAUUUGAGCCGCAGACUCGGCGCGGAGAGCACGUUGAGGUUAAGAUAGCCGCGCGCGCUCGCUCUGACUCGUACAGCAGAGGGAGCGAGAGCGACGGAAAAAGAGAGAGAUAGAGACGGAACCAUCCUGGCCGUCGUCUCCCCCCACCUCCUGCGCUGCUCUCCACCGAGCGUGUGUACUGUAUAUACGACUAUCGCGCGUGAGACUGUGUAAGUGUACGAUAAACGUGGACGCGCUGCUGCUUCGCACUAGGAGGCGUUGCGAACGAUGAUGAUGAUCAUGAGCCACGCCGGCUGACACCGACUCCUGGAGCGCUCGUUUACUAUUUGGAGUCCGACUGACCGUGGCACAAGUUAGCAGCCAUGACCAUCAUAGUCUUUCUCAUCGACACCUCCGCCUCCAUGAACCAGAGGGCCUACCUAGGAGGCAGGCCCACCCUGCUCGAUGUGGCCAAAAGUGCUGUCGAGACCUUUGUCAAGGUCCGGCAAAGGUCACCAGAAAGUAGAGGAGACAGAUACAUGUUAUUAACUUUUGAGGAAACACCACACAAUAUAAAGGCUGGCUGGAAAGAGAACCUGGCGACGUUUAUGAACGAGCUGAAGAACCUACAGUGCGUGGGUCUGACGACCCUGGGCGCGGCCUUGAAAAAUGCAUUCGACGUCCUCAACCUGAAUCGCAUGCAGACGGGUAUCGAUACCUAUGGCCAGGGCAGAUGUCCGUUCUAUCUCGAGCCGUCGGUCAUCGUUGUCAUCACCGACGGUGGCAAGUACACCACUGCUAACGGCGUCCACCCGGAUUUCACAUUGCCGAUGCACUCGCCCAUUCCCGGUUCCGAACUGACGAAGGAGCCGUUCAGGUGGGAUCAGCGAUUAUUCUCCCUCGUCCUUCGUUUAUCCGGUACACCGGCAGUCGAACGUGACACAGGUUUGGUACCGAGCGAUGCCUCGCCGAUCGACGCCAUGUGCGAAGUUACCGGUGGACGAUCUUAUUGUAUUACCUCUCAUCGCAUGAUGAUGCAGUGCAUCGACUCGCUAGUGCAGAAAGUCCAGUCUGGCGUCGUUAUUAAUUUCGAGAAGAUCGGCCCAGAUCCUACACCGCUACCCAACGAGCCUACUACUAUCAUCAACUUGGAGAACGGAGAGGAGCAUCACGAGGAGGAGAAUGGCUUUCAAAGCAACGGCCGAGGACAUCCGAACUCUACCUCGAUCCCGAGCAAUUUAAAUAACAGCACAGCUUGGCACUCGUGUCGCCGACUGAUCUAUGUGCCGCGCUCCGCUCAGAAAGGUUUUGCAGUAGGAUUUUGGCCGAUUCCCGAAAGCUUCUGGCCCGAUAUUGCAGCUUCAUCUCUACCACCACGUUCCGCGCAUCCAAACGUCAAGUUCACGUGCAUGAGUCAGGAGCCAUUAGUGAUCGAGAAUUUGCCGUUCGAUAAAUACGAGCUUGAACCUAGUCCUCUUACGCAGUAUAUUCUCGCGAGAAAACAGCCGACUAUUUGCUGGCAGGUUUUCAUCGCUAAUUCAUACAAGAGCACCGAAGUUGGGCAUCCAUUUGGUUACUUGAAAGCUAGUACAAAUCUCACCUGUGUUAAUCUGUUCGUUAUGCCGUAUAAUUAUCCUGUACUACUGCCACUUUUAGACGAUCUAUUUAAGAAUCACAGAUUGAAACCUAGCAACGAGUGGAGAACACAGUUUCAGAAUUAUAUGAGGACUAUGCCUGCUUAUUACGCUGCUUCGUUAAGACGAGCACUGACGCGGAUGGGCGCUCCGGCGGCGUUAGCCCAGACCCUUAUACCCGACAAUAUGGACAAUACGUUAUCGUACAGCGUACUAAAUUAUCUCAAACGCUUGAAAAACACAGCCAAGAUGGAGUUCGAUCGGCUUUGUAAUGAGGUUAUAUCCAAGCAACAGGCAAACAAGAGCCUUGCAAACAAUAGCAAUACCCUCGUCGAAGGAUUGCGAGUUACUUCGCGGACGAAUCUGAAAAAAGAUUUAUCAAAUUCGCUGAACGAUAUGAGGGAUGAGUUUAAUAAGUUCCAAGGUUUUAUGGUUGGUCUUGUAAAAAAUCACUCUCCACAGCGAGGGGCGCAGAGUUAUCGUAAUGCUUUCGAUAUACCGCGCAAGUCUUUGUUGGACCAGGUUGUAAGAAUGCGAGCGAACUUCUUGCAACCUGGCUUGCUGCAUACGAAACUACUGGACGAUGAUUUCGUACACUCGAUGCCGGUUUCGCAAAUGGGCAAUUACCAAGAGUACCUCAAACGCAUGACGCCACCACUUAGGGAGAUCGAGAGUACACCAGUACGACAGCAUAUGUUUGGUAACCCAUUUAAAAUCGACAAGCGAAUGAUGGUCGAUGAGGCUGAUAUCGACAUGGUGGGUGCGACAUCGUCGGCUUCCAAGGGUUUGAAACGUUCUAUCGCCGUGGUGGACUCGGGGGUGGGUAACCUGAAUUCUUCUCGGCCGCCAAGCAAACGGAAACCUGGCCCGAUUCCGAAGGAUGUGAUAAUACGACGGCCAACCUACUCACCGCCAAACACACCGCCAAACACACCGCCAGCCUCGCCAAUACCAUGGUCAGAGGACGUGAAGUCGCCAUUGUCACCGUCGAUGACAGUGUUUAAGAGCGAGCUGAAAGCCGAGUCAGCAACGCCCGUGCAAGCAAAACUCGUCAACGGUGACGUGACGAUGAUGGAGGAGGAGCAAAAACAACAGAAGCAGCAACACCAUCAGCAGCACGCGAGUAACGGUGUUAGUGAGAUGACGACAGCAAAGGCGACGACGAACUCCAGUAGUGCUAUAAGUGCGAGUGCAAUCGCGAGGACCGAACAGACGGCGAAAAGCAAUCAACCGACAAAAGCGCCGGCUGAGCCGUUGCCGCUACCGGCGCAGCAGCCGUCGACGACGACGCUCGCGUCGAACAAUAGUGCGGUUAAGCUUAAGUGUAGCGAACUGCAACAACUGCCCGAGAGCUCGGCCUGCGUCAGUCCCGGUAGCAGCAGGUGCGCCACACCACAGCCACAGGCGCAACAGCCGAUCGGAAAUCACGCGGCCGAGAAGGAAAAGCUCGAGGCGAAGACGGAUCUGGCGCUGCCAGACAAGCCGCUCACGCAUAAGGAGCUCGAGGACGUCAAGAGACACAAUCUGCCUAUCAGGAACGAGCUCUACAAGGAGAUCAGAAGGAAAAACACAAGUUUCGGCAUCUUUCUGACGCACCUGGAGAUGAUUCAAGGCCCGCUAGACAUCCGGCUGAGCUUCGUACGCGACGUUAUUCGCGAGACAUUGCGCUUCAAGCGUCGCAAGCUCGCCGACCAGCUCGAGGAGUAUUUGAAGAAGCUGCAAAAGGAGGGCAACAAGGGCCUUCUGUUAAAUCACAAAAUGCUGCCGAAUGGCGCCAACAGAAUCGCGUAAUUGACGUCAGCGGUGUACAGAUGAUAUAUAUGUAGAUAUAUAGACGCGGUCGUUUCUCUAAUUUUUUUUCUUUUUUUUUACACAUUUUGUUCUUACUCUUCUUCUUUUUUUUGUAUCACUAAGACGAAGAUAUGUUUUUAAAAAAAGAAAACGAGGACGUUUUUGCAAAGUUCGCGCCCCGUAUAGUCUAGUAGUAGUAUCCACGCGGCAAAUUUUUAUCAUUGUGUCAACGGAUCGUUAAUCUCUGUGUAAAUUUUGUUACGAUACACACGCCUAGAUUAUUAUAUAUACGAGUUUGUUAAGAGAGUGAGAGAAAGAGAGGAUUAUUAUUUUUUUCAUUUGACCAGGACAUUAUUAGCUACAUGACACGACAUUACGCGUCUAUUGUUUAUAAAAAAAAGAUAUGUAGAUUCGAAUAUGCAAGGCAAUGAUUCAAGAGCCGUGUAUUUGUAAAUGAAAUAAGGAAACAAUAACUAUUACGUAUUUUACAAUGUAUUUUAUUAAAUUAAAAUAUUUGGGAAAAAUAAUACAACGUUGCAUACUUUGAUUACUCUUUUAAAAAGAACACGAGGCCUCUCUCGCGAGAGCUAUCGAUCGAUUACCCACUUGCAAGUGUUGAUGUUAUUUUUUUGUAAGUAUUAGACAAGAGCUGAGAUUCGACUGGAGGUUGGUUUAUAAUGCACAGCGAAUUAUAACCGAAAUGAAAAUCUUGACAACUUGAUUUAUCAACGAUGAACUUCUUUUCAUCAUGCUCCUAAUUUAUUCGUGUUUAUGAACGUUUGACGAUUAUGACAUUUUUAUUCAACAUUUUUGUAUUUUUAGAAUGUGCAAUGUUUAUCUAUUUAUACUAAAUUAUUUUACUUUUAAUCGAGAUUAAAAGUGUCAUUAUUUUUUAUGAUAUACUUGUGUAUAUAAAAAUCAUUUUUUUUUUACCGAAGAAUGUCUAUAAACACGAAAAAAUUUAAGUUGUCACGUAUAGUUAUGGAUUUUACGUACGUUUUGAGGAAGUAUUUAUCGCAUUUUUUUUAAUUUUUUUUGUUUACGCAAAAGUUUUAGUUAUAAGUUAAUAGUAACAUGAAAAAAGUUAUUCAUUGUAAUAUUCUCAAAUUAAUUUUCAUAAUUCGUUAAUUUUGUACCAAUCAAAGAACUUUCGAAAGUUACAUAUCAAACUCAAUUUUGAUCUAUAAAAAUACGUAGUUUUAUAUUUUGUUUGUACGCAGUAUUUGAUUAAAUUUAUCAGUUACUAUUGCUCAAUCGUAAAUGGUAUAUUCUUGUGAACAAAUGGUUUACAUUUUUCGUCUUAAAAAGCGGGUAUUCUUGGUAUUUAGUUUGUUUUUGCUUCACACAUAUGAGUUAAUAAUGGUAUAUCUGAUUACAUUUUGUGAAAAUAUUGCCUCGAAAAUUAUCUUAUCUAAAUUUAUACUAUUCUUAUCAAAGUUUUAUAAAUUUUUGUGUUAGUUAAUUCUGAGUGAAGUAGUCGUUAUCUUGAUCAUGAUGAAAACGGCUGUUAAUUUUCUAAACUCGUCAGAAAAAUUAUUUUUCAUUCCAAUUGCAUACGAUGAACAACUAAACUCAUUGAUAAAAAUUUUAACUGUCAUUGCCGAAAAACUAUUUUGCUAUUGAUUGUCGAAAGCAAAGCUAUAACUUCUUUCAUGCUUUACAAUGUUUUGCAGGCGUUACGUCGUCAAAGUAUAAGGAAAAAUACAUGGCUCUGAGCGUUAAAAAAUGUUUUCUCAAAAAUAAUGACCUUGUAAGAGAAUAUUGGUAUUCAAAAUACAGGAGAGAACGUUAACCAAAUAUGGACAAUGACAAGCUAAAUACGCUUAUCGGCUAGAAAAUAUUCAGCCGAGUAUUUUUUUACACUAAGUGCGAUUUCGUGUAAUAACGAAAAUUUCGUCAGCCUAGGGCACGUAAUGAGAAUGAUGUUAAAAGUAAGGCAUUAUUCGCGAUAGAUGAAUCGUAUUUGAAAGUUAAUUGAUUAAUGAUCGUUGCACAGUACUAUUAGGUAUAAGUAAGGCAAAUACUUGGGAAUUUGCAUUUAAGAUUCAUCACUACUAAAGCAUUUGUCGACGAAUCAAAGUUUAGAUAUUUUUUAUCGAGAUGAACGAGUUAUCAGAAUAACUCGAAUAAAUUAGGUAUUAACUUUUACGAUGAAUUUAUGCAAGUGCCCAAUUGCUGAAAAAAUAUAUACUUGUACAUUUAUGAAAAAUAAAUAACGAGUUAGACAUUUUUUGGACAUUGUAUGAUAAACUAUUGUAAGAUACUGUAAUGUUUUGUAAUGAAAUCACACAAACAGUAAUGUAGUUUAUUGUGAAAAGUGUAAAUAAACAUAUUAUAAUUUGAAAUAUUUUGCGGAGCAACGUGAUAACACCGAUGUAUAUUUAUCUUGACUGGUUAAUUUUCUUAAACAUCAUCGUCAUCUUACCACAGUAUAUCAAAAGUUUUCUACUCGGUAGCAUCACUUGUAUGUUUAUUUAGCAUUGUUUUGAAACCUUUAUUUAUUUUUUUUUUAUUUUUGAAAUUUCUUUUACUUUAUCUUAUUUUUAUUUUGAUAUACAACCGAUUUACAAAUAUCCUUUCAGUAAUGGAAGAGUCAUAGUAUUCAUGAAUAAUAAAAGUGAAAAAUGAAGUAACUGUUGUAAACUCAGAGUUUCACUGAAUAGAGAUGAGUAUCGUAAAGAGUCAAGUUCAUUAAAAUAGAUAAGCGCUGCUGCAUAGUUUCAUAAUCAAAAUCGUCAUUUUGAAGCCGCAAAGAAAAACUUGAAUCACGUAUUCACAAACGGAAAUAGAAAGUUGGGCUAGUCGUUGUUCGUUGAUAUGAAGUAGAUGUAAAUAAAUAUGAUUAUCAUCAUACGGAAAUGUGAUAAAAUCGUUGAUAAAUUGACAGAAAAAUCUUUUAAAAAGGUGAUAUCUAGAAUUAUUAUUGAACAAAAGAUGAUUUACGUCAACGUUAUUUUAAAACAGUUGAACGGCCAACGACUAUCAUCGCAUUAUCUAACCAAAUCGGGCUUCGACUCAGAUUCAUUGCGACUCAUUGAUUGGAGCCCAAAUGGGAAUCCUUGAGCAAUGAUGAAUAAUGUGCUCGAUGUAUAUAAAUGAUUGUACAUAAACGUUGAAGUAUACGACAAUUGUAAAUAAGAACUUCAUGAUGUUUCGACGGAUGGAACGAAUAGGUAAAAACUCAAAUUUCACUUAUCAAACAGUUGCUCAGUCUUAUUCAACGGAAACUCCGCUUCUUUGUAAAUGCAUCGCGAAACGAAUGAUUCGACAGCGAAAAAUGAAACAUACCUAUUCGAUUCAUUACGCAGCGCGAUAUGUAUGAUUUAUAAUUGUCGAUGUAGCGCGAAAAUUUAAUUUUCAUGUUUAUAUUUUUGCAGAACUGUCGCAAAAAACAUGCGAGUGGAUGAGCGAACAAAGUGAU